CUCCCCUUCUCCCCCUUCUCCCCCAGUCGCUCAAAUUUACUAUAAUUUACUAUAUCCUUGCCCGUCCUUAUCCCUCUUCUCUCCAGCUUCUACCCCUUUCUCGUUCUUAUCCAUUUUUUCUCCUUUCUCCCCCUCUCCCCCUUCUCCUACUUCUCUCCCUUCUUCCGGCCCUUCUCCCCUACUCCCCCUUCUCUCCCUUUCCACCUCCCCCUGCACACCUGUUGUAAAGGAAACCCUGUACCCUGUAGGCUGGAGAGUGGGCCCACCAGCCCCGCACCCUUGCAAGCCAGGCCUUUUAAAAAUCCACCCAGUCAAGGUUAUCAUGCCCUGGUCACGUGAUCUAAAAAGACCCCGUCACGUGAUCAUCUAGGCCAAUCAGAGGCUGGGAAAAUAGUGGUGGCGGUGGAGAGUUUUCUAGCUCUCUAGCAGACAGGUUUCAUCCCUCUAGUUAUACAGGGGGGUAGCAGACACACACUCAGGUAUACGGACACACAACACUCAGACAUAAAACAUACUUCUCAGAUUCUGAACUGUUUGGUCUGCAGAGACUAAGUGAAAAGUGAUAUAAGUGAUACAAGUGAAAAGUGAUUAUAAUUUGUAUGCUGAGGAGAGAGAGACAGGGGAGGAGAGGAACUGUUAAAGGAAUGAGUAUCGGCUGACCCAAAUCUGAACUCACCCACCCGGUCAAUGUACUAGUCCUAUCCCCGCCACAACCGCCAAUCGCCGACAAAAUGGCGAUAUCACAGCCUCAGCAGUAUUGUCUGCGGUGGAAUAAUCACCAACACAAUCUCCUCUCUGUAUUUGAGGAUCUCCUGAAUCACGAGGCAUUUGUUGAUGUAACACUAGCCUGCGAGGGGUUGAACUUGAAGGCGCAUAAGAUGGUUCUCUCCGCCUGCUCGCCCUACUUCCACUCCAUGUUCUACAACACCCCGGAUAAACACCCUGUAGUCUUCCUCAAGGAUGUGCGCUACGAGGAGAUGAAAGCUCUGCUGGAGUUUAUGUAUAGAGGAGAGGUUUCAGUGGACCAGGAGAACCUUAGUUCUCUGCUCAAGGUUGCUGAAGGAUUAAAGAUUAAAGGAUUGGCGGAUGUAAAUGAAUCCCAUGGUGGUAUUCCUGGACCUCGUUUAUCUCUACCUCUCCCAAACCCUGCUCCUCACCUACCCAUGUACCAUGGGUCUCUUAUGUCCCCGGAGCAUUCCUUAAAAAGACUUCAGGCGUCCUCCAGUCCGCAUGGGUUCUUAGGACCUAAGAGAAAGCGAGGUCGUCCUCGUAGACUCUCCGGAGCCGAAUCCAUUCCUCUAGCUGUAAACCUCUCUGAGGAGAGAAUGAGAGAGGAAACAUCAUCUCCUUUACAUCACACUCCUUCUCCUCAUCAUCAUCCCUCUCCUCUCUCUCAUCCCUCCCCUCUCCCUCAUCCCUCCCCUCUCCAGCAUACCUCCCCUCACCAUCAACCUUCCCAUGAAGAUUCCUCCCAUUCCUCCCAUCCCUCCCAUCCCUCCUCAAACCUUCCGGAUACAAUGGAGAAUGAGCAAAGCCCCGUCAAAAGCCUUAAAGAAGGGACCGGAGCAAUGUCGCUUUCACCCGAAGAUUUGAAAGUAAGCGACUUUCCCUCUGAGGCCGAGAGUAACGACGGGCGCAGCUCAGUUGGUUGCGGAAUAAGGAUGGUUCCCAAGAAAAGGCUUUACAUCAGUCACAGUAUAGGAGACAGUGGAACCGAAUCUUUUGAAUGUGAAUCAACAGGAUCAGCGCAUUCAUCAACAUCCGUCUCCUCUGUUCUAAAUCCUACCCCGAGAUCCUCUCUCAACGACGACCUUCCCCAGCCUCAGAACCUUUCGCUCAAGAAACCGGACAGAGAAAGCCGUGACAACGUAAAUAUAUUCGACAGCCAGCCUAAAUUGGAGCCAAAGGAGGAGACCUACGAUCACAAGGACUUGAAUCGUCCAUACUGGGACGAACGGCUUGCCUAUUCGUCCCUAACCUCCGGACUGAUGUUAGAAUCCCCAAUAAAGAUGUCCUCCAGCCCCCGACAUAGUAUGGAUUCAGAUCCAUGCUCUCCCUGUCCUUCCCCCUACUUGAUGUCCUACCAGUUCCAGGAGAAGGUUGAGGCGGAGCUGGCCAACCUUUACAAGAACGGGUUGGGUUUAAACUCCUCCGCUGACUCCGCGACUCCGAUCAGUAUCCGAAGCUUCUGUAUUCAGGAUGGGAACAAUUACAGGUGCAAGGUUUGCAAUAAUGCGUAUACCCAUCCUUCAAACUUCCAUCGACAUUACGUCACUACGCAUCUUCAGCGUAAAUCCUAUCCUUGCAAUGUUUGUCAUAAAAAAUUUAAUCGGAAAGACAACAUGACGGCUCAUCUCCGAGCUGUUCAUGGUUGGGGAGGAACUGGAUUAGGAACGGAUUCCACCAACAAUCCCUCCGAUCUCCCGCCUCCGAUUCAGGAUAAUCUUGCCCCACAAAUCGUUAUCUGAUCCACAUGGAUGUUUUCACCAGUUCCAGUGCAAUAUACAUUUAUAUAAAAUCCUUCAAUUUUUAACCAAAAACUUACAGAGCGAUUAAAAUUGUCAGAUUUUUUUUCUAAAAGCCUAUAUGUAUAUUUAUGCUCGGAGAGUCCAAUAGAAUUGUAAAUAUUUCUAGUAAUUGAGCAGCAGUGCUCGGUACUUUUUUCAGUUACCAUAAAAAUUGCUCAACGCUUUAAAAAGACCUCACAUUUUGUUACCUAACUUUUUUUAUGUAUUAAUAGUAAAAUUUUGAUUUUUUUUCAUUGUAUGUAAAAUAAUGUUAAGAUAUGAAAUAUUGUCUUAAACCGGCUUAGACGAAUCUCUAUCCAGUUACCAGAUUAUUCACACGGUUACCAGAAUAUUGUAAUCUAGUUACCAGACGAUUUUACGUUACCAGAAUAUUGUAAUCUAGUUACCAGACGGUGUUACGUUACCAGAAUAUUGUAAUCUAGUUACCAGACGGUGUUACGUUACCAGAAUAUUGUAGUCCAUCACUUCAUUGUAGUUUAUAUCUUUGUAGUCAAAAAUGUCACGGUGCUCCCUUUCUUAUUGUAUAGUUGUAGCUUUAAAGUCUUUUUUUUACAGUGCUAAACUGGCUUUAUGUUUAUCUUCUGUACAAAGUUAUAUUUCAACAAAUUUUAUAUUCUUUAUUUUCUUUCAAAUUUCUAAAAAUCUUCCUACUUAGAAAUUUUUUGGCUCAUUUUGAAAAAUAUCCAAUAUUUACUUUUCACCUUCUUUACAUGCGUUUACUAUUUACAAAUGGCAUUUUAAUUUAUACGAGAAAAUACUUUAGUACUCAAUUACUCAAGAACGUCUUUAUAAGACUGUUUUCACAUUUUAUUUUUUAUUUCAAUUUUUUUGAUUUUUAAUCUUGCAGCUUGAAGCUUUCGUCUGAUGAGUUUUACUGCUUUUUAAAGCUCUGUACAUAGGCUUACUUCAGGGCAUUCAUUACCUAGCGUUAAACAAAUUUAUAUUAUUUUUCUAACUUUGAUUUAUAAAUAAUUGAUCAUAUUUUUCUUGGUCGAUUUGUAUAAAUUUUGGCAUUCAACCUAUUUGGUAUUAUAUAAGGGCAUUUUCAGACAAAUUCACAGAAUUAAGGCAGUUUGCAUUUAAAGUUAUUUUGUAUUUAUGUAAAAAUAUUUUUUUAAACAACAGUCCAUGUCUUCCAACAGGCCAAUAGAACAUCACAUGUUUGAUACCUUAGUGCCUUAAAUUGUACAAAGAAUGUAUUUUUAUACUUUACAUUUUAUACUUUUGUAAAUAAUAAAAUGAUUAGCAUGUA